CUGCUGCCUGCUAUUUAUAUACUCCUACUUUUCUACUAAAGUGAUAUUCCCGUUCGUACGUACGGGACAAAACAGUGAGGACAAAGUGGCAGUGUGCAAAGACGGUUUUGCCCCUGGAAACUCCCCUAUAAAUACCGCCUUCACCUCGCUCGCUGUCACUUAUCACUCGAGACAGCAAGCCUAGUUCACUUCACUGAUCACAAGCUCAGCUAAGCCAAGCACUCCCUAGCUACUACUACACGACACGCGUGCCAUGCCGGAGGCGGUAGCGGCCGCGGUGUCGCCGGCGGCGGCGGCGGCGACGGCGAUGUGCGCGGAGCACCGGGAGAAGCUCGAGCACAUCGAGCGCGUGACGAGGAACGCGGGGCAGGAGCAGCGCCGCGUGCUGGAGGAGAUCCUGGCGCAGAACGCGCAGGCCGAGUACCUGCGCCGCCUCGGCGUGCCGGGCGACGCGCCGGGCGCCGACGAGGCGUUCCGCCGUCUGGCGCCGCUCGUCACGUACGAGGACAUCCUCCCCGACGUCCUCCGCAUCGCCAACGGCGACACCUCGCCCAUCCUCUCCGGCAAGCCCGUCAGCGAGUUCCUCACCAGCUCCGGCACGUCGGGUGGGGAGAGGAAGCUGAUGCCGACGAUAGAGGAGGAGAUGGAGCGGCGGUCGGGGCUGUACAGCUUGCUGAUGCCGGUGAUGAGCCGGCAGGUGCCCGGGCUGGACAAGGGCAAGGCCAUGUACCUCUACUUCGUCAAGUCGGAGUGGCGCACGCCGGGCGGGCUGCCGGCGAGGCCCGUGCUGACGAGCUUCUACCGGAGCCGCUACUUCCUCGAGCGGCCUCACGACCCGUACACGGUGUACACGAGCCCCGACGAGGCGGUGCUGUGCGAGGACGCGUACCAGAGCAUGUACGCGCAGCUCAUCUGCGGCCUCGUCCACCGCGCCGACGUGCUCCGCGUCGGCGCGGUGUUCGCGUCGGGCUUCCUCCGCGCGAUCCGCUUCCUGGAGAAGCACUGGCCGAGCCUGUGCCGCGACAUCCGCGCGGGGGAGCUCGACGGCGGGGUCACCGACCCCGCCGUGCGCGGCGCCGUCGGGAGGGUGCUCCGCGGCGCCGACCCGGCGCUCGCCGACGCGAUCGAGGCGGAGUGCGCGAGGCCGUCGUGGCAGGGCAUCAUCCGGAGGGUGUGGCCCAGCACCAAGUACAUCGACGUCAUCGUCACCGGCGCCAUGGCGCAGUACAUCCCGACACUGGAGUUCUACGGCGGCGGGCUGCCGCUCGCCUGCACCAUGUACGCCUCCUCCGAGUGCUACUUCGGCCUCAACCUCAACCCCAUGUGCAAGCCCAGCGAGGUCGCCUACACCCUCAUCCCAACAAUGUGCUACUUCGAGUUCCUCCCCGUCAACUCCGGCGCCAACGACGUCGCCGCCCCGGAGCCCGACCACCGCGGCCUCGUCGACCUCGUCGACGUCAAGCUCGGACACGAGUACGAGCUCGUCGUCACCACCUACUCCGGCCUGUACCGCUACCGCGUGGGCGACGUGCUGCGCGUGGCCGGGUUCAAGAACGCGGCGCCCAUGUUCGCCUUCGUGCGGCGGAAGAACGUGGCCCUCAGCAUCGACUCCGACAAGACGGACGAGGCGGAGCUGCACGCGGCGGUGACCGAGGCGGUGCAGCACCUGGCGCCGUUCGGGGCGUCGCUGGUGGAGUACACGAGCUACGCCGACACGGCGACCACCAUCCCGGGCCACUACGUGCUGUUCUGGGAGCUCAGGUCGCCGGCGGGCGGGACGCCGGUGCCGGCGUCGGUGUUCGAGGACUGCUGCCUCGCCGUCGAGGAAGGGCUCAACAGCGUGUACCGCCAGUGCCGCGCCGCCGACCGGUCGAUCGGGCCGCUGGAGAUCCGCGUCGUGGCGGACGGCACGUUCGACAAGCUCAUGGACUACGCGCUCAGCCGCGGCGCGUCCAUCAACCAGUACAAGGCGCCGCGCUGCGUGCGCCCGGGCCCCGUCGUCGAGCUGCUCGACGGCAGGGUGCAGGCCACCUACUUCAGCCCCAAGUGCCCCAAAUGGUGCGCCGGCGGCAACAAGCAGUGGAUCAGCAGCGGCGCCGCCGCGAAGAAGACGACGACGACCUGUGAUAGCUUGGCUGUGUGAGAGAGAAUUUGCUAGCUAUGGUGAUUAAUUAAGGAGCUAAUUAAGCAUGGAUGGUUGAUUAAUCGGUUAGCUAAUCAACGAGUGUUAGUUCAGGGUAGUAGUACGUACGUAUGAUCAUCUAGCUAUUGGGCUUUUGUUUUCUUUUCUUUUCUCCUCUCUCACUUUUGUAAUAAAGUACUAAAAUUUUCCUUUUUGUUUUUUUUAUCUUUGGGAAUGUAUGUACAUUAUAUUAGACGACCUUUGAUUUGCUAAUGCACAUCAUGAUCUCAUUAUGGCCAUGGUGAGGAGAAUUAUGAACUC